ACGCAUUGUUGAUUUGAUGUGAAAGGUCACGAAAACCUUCUCGACUUCCUUUCCUACUAGCGGUGGCCGUAGAACAGCACCAAGAUGGGCAAGUUCAUGAAACCUGGGAAGGUGGUGAUGGUCCUUGCUGGACGCUACGCUGGGCGUAAAGCUGUUAUUGUCAAGAACAUUGAUGAUGGCACCUCAGACCGCCCAUACAGCCAUGCUCUGGUCUCAGGCAUUGACCGCUACCCCCGCAAAGUGACCACAACCAUGGGCAAGAAGAAGAUUGCCAAAAGGUCUAAAAUCAAGGCUUUCGUGAAGGUGUACAACUACAAUCACCUCAUGCCCACCAGAUACUCUGUCGACAUUCCUCUGGAUAAAACUGUUGUCAACAAGGAUGUCUUCAGGGACCCUGCCCUGAAACGUAAAGCCAGACGGGAGGCCAAGAUUAAGUUUGAGGAGAGGUACAAGACGGGCAAAAACAAAUGGUUCUUCCAGAAGCUCAGAUUCUAGGCUGUCAUUGGUUUAACUAAUAAAUGUAUAAAAAGUG